AUGCCGUCGUAUAGCCAUCAUAUUAUAGCUGGCAGUCCUUUCAGGGAGCCUCUGAUCAAGUUCCUGACGCGUCACCCAUCUCAGACGGUGGAGCUGUUCAUGAUGGAGGCUACGCUCAACGACCCCCAGUGGAGCCGCAUGUUCAUGAGUUUCCUGAAACACAAAGAUGCCAAGCCUCUGAGAGACGUGCUGGCUUCUAAUCCGAACCGCUUCGUCCCCCUGCUGGUUCCCGCUGGCACUGCAGCCACGGUUCGACCCGGAUCGCCCUCCACCACCACAGCCAGACUGGACCUGCAGUUUCAGGCUAUCAAGAUCAUCAGCAUCAUAGUGAAGAACGAUGAGGGCUGGCUGGCAGGGCAGCACUCCCUGGUCAGCCAGCUGAGACGAGUGUGGGUCAGCGAGGCCUUCCAGGAAAGACAUCGCAAAGACAACAUGGCCGCCACCAACUGGAAGGAGCCCAAGCUGCUGGCGUUCUGCCUGCUCAGCUACUGCAAGUAUGUACACUCAUUCAAAUAG